GCUUUCGUAAUCGUGUUCAUCUACAGCAAAAAAUGCGGGCAGUGAGGUCUUUAGUCUCAUCCGGGCGCGAGCAGUCCGUCAUUAUUCCUGCAUAUUCCCGCAUUGCCACCGCGCUCCGUGGCAUCAGCGGCACGUUGCCUCUGCGCUCCGAGAACGGGGCAGAUAGAAAUAAUGAUGCUUCCGAGGGGAGCGGCCGUACGCCCGCCUCGUCGGCGUGGGGAAGUAAUGUUGCCGGCGGCGCUGCCAGUAGCGCGGUCAGUCGGGGCGCGUCCUUUGCGAAUAGUCUUCGCCCUGGCAAAGCUGGCGGUACGCCGAGUCCGAGGGACGGCCCAGCGGGUCUCUACACCCACACCAUUGUGACGAAGGAGGAUAAGUCACCUGCGGGUGUGGCCGUCCCUGUCUCGUCGACCACUCCGGCUUCGUCUCCCCCAGCAAGCGAUGGCCCUCCGACAUCGCGAAGGCGUAACUCAACGGUGCCGCUUCGCGUCACGAAAAGUGCAAGCAGCGGAGGCGGUGGCCAACUGGACGCACCCCACGCUGCCGUCGCUGCCUUGAAAGGCAGUGCCCCUUCCACUGUUUCCUUCUCUGCCGGGAGCACCUCCGCGACAUCGCAUGGAGUGGCGCUGCACGAGUCGAUUCCCAAGGAUGUAAAGACGGCGGCACGCCCGCAGGAUGGUCCGACGGUGCCGGACUACGGACCGCUGCGGGCCACCGGUCUGUGGUCCGUCGACGAGGUGCUGGAUGAGGCGAAGAAGACGGUGGACUUCCGUCGCAUCGAUGACGUCGAGAGCGACAUUGUGGAGGAGUUGAAGAGCCCCGAGGCGGCGCUGGUGCCGUACGAGGAGGAAGAAAAAUGGAAGCACAAACUGAUGUUUGAGUACAAGUUUAAGAAGACGCCGAAACACCUCACCUGGAAGGAGCUGGGAGAGGAAAUCGAAUGCAUGGACUGCGUCAUCGAGCCGGACGAGCACCGCCCCGAGGAAAUCUUCACGAUCUCCUUCUUUUUCACCGACAAGAAAACUGGCACGCGCGAUGCUGUCUGGACCACGCGAAACGACGUCUCCUACUCGGAGGGCUUCACCGAUCUGCUCGCGGCGGUCGGUGCCUGUCUCGGCCGGUCCGAUGUUCACCGCACCAUCCGCUUUGACGACGGUGCAGGCUGCACGCGGGAUGUCACCUUCCGGAAGCGGUCCCGCUACACCUCCGACGUCUACGUGGCCUUUCGCCCACCAGAGAAGUACAACAAGUUCGAACGGAAGGAGGAGCAGGAUGAGUACGAAGCGUCCAUGGAGAAGGAGGGAAUGAGCACCUGGGGCUACCACCCUUCCCUGAUGGACCCGGAGUUUAGCGAGCUCGACUUCAAAGAUCCGGAAGGCACCUACGAGGUGGCCAUCUCGGCGCACGGCUUCGCCUUCAUCAUUCUGCGCGCUGUGAACCGUCUCCUCGCGCGCCCCAUGAAGGACUUUUAUCGCCCAUCGCAGCUGAUGCGGACGGCGAAGGUCAAGACGGAGGACGAGAUCGGCUUCAUGCACGCCAUGAAGGGUUGGAUGGGCGUGGACGAGCAGCUCUACCCGCACUACACGCCCAUCGAAGCGCUGCAGGACCACUGGCUCGGCAAGGACGCGCCGUUUAGCCUCUGCUCCAUCGUCAACAAGAUUCGCGAGAUGGACUACCUCAAAAAGGAAAACCCAGAGUUUCAGUCGUGGUUGUCUGUGCGGCACCAUGACACGCAUUUGGCCAUACGAAACAUGGGGGUGAAGCUGUUGGGAGUGGGGGCAAGCACCCUGUUUGUGCCCGUGCAGCACAACGCAACGGUGAACCGCCUCCUCCCCAAGCCCCAGCAGCGCCGCCUCGAGUCGAAGUUCUCUCUGAAUGCGGUGCUCGGUUUGCCAGACGAGACGCGGAAGCUGGAGGGGUUUAAGCAAAUCACGGGCUUAGACCGCAUCACGGACGCACCGACGACACCGGAAAAAUCCCCCGAGGCGAGUGCAGUGAAGACAGAGUCCGCCUCACCAGGAAAGUGA